CAGGUGUUUUCAUGUUCUCUCUUCUCCAGGAUCACUGCUGUGUGUUCUCUGGAACUAUAAAUACAAACGCUCAGAGGGAAGCCUAAUCGCACCUUUGUUUUUUACUUUUCAUCUCAGAGUGAACCCCAGCGUGACUCAGAGUCAUGGACCGUCUGAAGCUGGUCCUGCAGUACUUCCAGUCAAACUCUGAGUCCAUCUCCAAUGGGAUCUGCAUCAUCCUGGCUCUGGUCAGCGUCAAGCUCUACACCAGUUUUGACUUUAACUGCCCGUGCCUCCCACAGUACAACAAACUCUAUUCCCUCGGAGUGAUGAUUGUUCCGCCUAUCAUUUUCUUCUUUUUGGGAGUGCUGGUCAAUCGGCAUACGGGGGUCAUGAUGGAUGAGUGGAUGAGGCCUGCAGGAAACAGACCAAAGAAUCCUGCUGUUGUCAAAUAUCUGUUCUCCGCCAUGAUUCAGAGGGCACUGCUGGCACCAAUGGUGUGGAUCUUGGUCACUUUGUUGGAUGGAAAAAUCUUCAUCUGUGCUUUCAGUGUGAGUGUGGACCCUGCACUUUUCUCAGGAGCACCAAACAACACUGGGCUGGAUAUGAUCAAAAUUAUGGCUAAAGUGCCCUGCAAAGAGGAUGUUAUUUUCAGGAACAGCUCUUUCCGUAAAGCUGUCUCUCGUUAUGUUCGGUGCUAUUCACAGGCAGUGGGUUGGUCCAUCCUCCUGUUCCUUAUCUUAAUGGGAGCGCUGGGACGGCUGGUGAAGCCCUGCUUUGAUGACCACGCCAAGUUCCUGCAGACCCGCUACUGGAGCAAUUAUCUGGAUGUGGAGCAGCGGCUCUUUGAUGAAACCUGUGUUUUGCACGCUCGGGACUUUGCCCGUAAGUGUGUAGUGCAGUUUUUCGAGGACAUGCGGGAGGACACCAUACUUCAUCUCCCACAUCCUCCCUUCAUUCCUGUCCUUAGAGAAGACUGGGAGGAUGAGGAAGAGAGACUCCACGGCAUAACCAAGCAAGAACAGGUGGACCAGCUUCUUGACAAGUGGUACUACAGUAAACCUGAACUGGAUGUGACCAGGUUUGCCUAUAAACCACAACCUUGUGUUACCUGGGAGGACCAUGAAGGGAGGACUUUGUACUCUGAUCUUUAGACAUGACACCAGACUCAACAAGUCCUUUUUGUCUUUAAGCAUUGUAUGGAAACAUGAGAGUGUCUGCUGAGCUGACAGACUGCUGUUGACGGCUGAAGAUGGAGCUAGUCCACUUAGUCUCAGUAAAAGUACCUUCAGGUCUUAUUUUACUGUCAAGUUUAGUAAUGAAAGUCCUGGGUCAUCUUUGGCACCAAAUGAGACUAUUUUAUCCAACAUUUUAUGUAUUUAAAUACUUGAUUGUUUUGACCUGGUUGUUUGAACAGUGAUGAAAGUGAAUGAAUGCAAUGGUAGGAGGGCGGGUCAGCCAGAAGACAGAAAAGCCUUUGAUGACAUUCUUCCUGUUCAUGACUUUACUCUGUUUUCAUUCAUCAAAACAUGGACAGUUUUGGCUUUAUGAGAAACUAAUUAUUGCAGGAAAAGAUUGAACCAAAUCCCAUUCUUUGGUGGUAGAAAUGAGUUAGACUGCAUCUUCUUUACCUUUAUUUUCUCAGAGUUGUGCUCUGAGAGUACUUUGACUUUUAAAGUCAACUUGUGAUAUUUAAAUACUAUCAUGUAAAAGUGUAAUAUUGAGUUAAUCUCCUACAAUAACGAAAAAAACAUUAAAGACAAUGUAAUAGGGACAUUAGCAUAAUUUGAUUAUUACGUCUCUGUAUUUCAAAAAAAAAAAUAAUUUUCUUAGGAUAUUGUUGUGCUUAAUCUACAUACAUUUGUUGCUGUGUAUAUGUUUAAGCACCACUUUAUAAACGUCCCAAGACUCUGAAUGUAAAAAGCGCAUUGGACCCUCUGAACAAUCCCACCCAACAAAAUGUAGGCAGUGGUGUCAUUGAGUGUUUGUCUCCUGCAGUUUGGAGGCGACCCCUCUCCUCCUUUAGCUGCUGUUCCUGAGGUGGUUUGGACCCUCUGAACUUCUUUCUACGCAUCACUGUUCUCCUGGAUGAGAGAUUUUCCUGAGCUUUACUCAUUAACUCACUAGAUAACUCUUCAGGAUCCUGAACUCUGGUUUGGAGUUCCUGAAGAGUUGCCCUCAGGUUGGUGUUGGUCUCAGUCAGGAGGUCGAUCUUUUGCUGCUGUUUUUUGCAAUGAUCCUCCAGGGGGUUUUUGGUCCUGGAGUUAAUUGCUGAUGUGUUGCAAGUCCCUUUCCAGCUUAUUGGAGAGUUUGGAAGCUGACUUUCAUUGCCUUCAUUUCUGUAGGGUUUGGGGCUGGGUUUAGUCGUGUUUCUGUUUUAUCUUUGUUUUCACAUCCUCUUGUUUCAGGUGUGUUGAUUCCUUUCCUUUUCCACCUGGUUCUUUUGGUCUCCUAAUGGGUGCACCUGUGUUUGAUUGUAUGGUUUCAGUUUAAAAGCUGCGUGUUCGCCUCCACUUGUUGCCAGAUUGUCUUAUGUGCCGUCUCGAGUACCACGAGCCUUCCAGCCUCUUAAAGACUUAACAAAAGAAAGAAAAAGGAAUAAACAAUAUUCUUCUGCGAACAACCUGCUUCUGCGUUUGUGUCCACACCUAGAUCCUGACAAUUUCAGUCCAGUAGAAGCGUCUCUAAGAUUCUUCUCGAAGGUACUUGACAAGAAUGCACAGCUUCAAAUGUGCAACAAGAAACUAUUUUUUCUGGGUCCUAUGUAGUAACUUUAGAUCAAAUGGCUUCAUGACAUGUGUUCAGUGGCUAAUUUGAUCAGAUAUUAGUGCAAACAUCUCUCCACCAGCAUCAUCUUUUAUGAUGUUGGUGAUGUGUCCGGGUCAUGCUUUAAUCCUGUUACUGUUUAGAAUGUCUCUGCCCCACAGCAGAGAAUGGAGUCUUCUUCAUCUCCCAAAGAUAUUUUCCCUUUUAAGUUUUUUACAACACUUUUAUUUGAUUCUUUUCCAUUAAUUAAUUGUAGAGUUGAUAAAUGUCUCUUACAUCUGGUGUGGUCUCCUGCCUUUUGCAUGAGCCAGCACUCGGUAGGCCGA